AUGAUUAAACAAACUUCCAUUUCCUUAGCUCAACAAGCUUCUAAAUCAAUGACAAAAUCUAUCCCACCGGUGACUUUGACCUAUAAGAAUAUGUUAAAGGACCCUUCGGUCAAAUAUAAACCCUUUAAAGGCCCAGUCUUGACAAAUAGAAAAUGGCCAAAUAAUACAAUUAAAAAGGCUCCACGUUGGCUAUCUACCGAUCUAAGGGAUGGGAACCAAUCUCUACCUGACCCAAUGAAUGUAGAACAGAAAAAGGAAUAUUUCCAUAAACUUGUGGAUUUAGGGUUUAAAGAAAUCGAAGUGGCAUUCCCCUCUGCUUCUCAAACAGAUUUCGAUUUCACCAGAUAUGCAGUGGAAAAUGCUCCAGAUGAUGUGUCCAUUCAAGCUUUGACUCAAUCAAGAGAACAUUUGAUUAGAAGAACUAUAGAUUCCUUAAGGGGUGCCAAGCGUGCUACCGUACAUACAUAUUUAGCUACAAGUGAUAUGUUCCGUGAAAUUGUCUUUAAUAUGUCACAGGAAGAAGCUAUUGAAAAAGCUGUGGAAACCACCAAAUUGGUUCGUGAAUUGACUAAGGAUGACCCAUCCACAGCUGGUACCUAUUGGUCUUAUGAAUUUUCUCCAGAAACUUUUAGUGAUACACCAAUGGAUUUUGCUGUAAAGAUAUGUGAAGCUGUUAAAGAGGCUUGGGAACCAACUGAAUCAAACCCAAUCAUCUUUAAUUUACCUGCUACUGUAGAAAUGGCCACUCCAAACGUUUAUGCUGAUCAAAUUGAAUAUUUUAUCAAUAAUAUAACUGAAAGAGAAAAGAUUUGUGUUUCCACUCAUAAUCAUAACGAUCGUGGUUGUGCUGUAGCAGCUACGGAAUUAGCUUUAUUAGCUGGUGCUGAUAGAGUGGAAGGCUGUGUAUUUGGUAAUGGUGAAAGAACUGGUAAUGUUGAUCUAGUUACUUUAGCUUUGAAUUUAUACACUCAAGGUAUUCCACCAAACUUGGAUUUCUCUGAUAUUUCUUCUGUUUUGGAUGUCGUGGAACGUUGUAAUAAAAUUCCAGUCUCACCAAGAGCUCCAUAUGGUGGUGAUUUGGUUGUUUGUGCCUUCUCUGGUUCUCAUCAAGAUGCUAUCAAGAAAGGUUUUGCUUUGCAAGAAAAAUAUAAUAAGGAACAUAAUACUGACACUAAGAAUUCACAAUGGAGAAUCCCUUACUUGCCAUUGGAUCCAAAGGAUAUUGGUCGUGACUAUGAAGCUGUUAUUAGAGUCAACUCUCAAUCUGGUAAAGGUGGUACCGCUUGGGUCAUUCUAAGAUCCUUGGGUCUAGAUUUACCAAGACCAAUGCAAAUCGAAUUCUCUGCUCAAGUUCAAGAAGCCGCUGAUGCAUUGAAGAGAGAAUUACAACCAAAAGGUAUCAUUGAAUUAUUUAAGAAAACUUACAAUUUUGAAAAUCCUUCAAUUAAGAACUCAAUUAAUUUGAUUAAUUACAAUGUUGAAAAAGAUCCCCAAAAUCCAGAAAAGAGAAUAUUUAUUGGUCAAGUGGAGGUUAAUGGUAAGACUACAGAUUUCAAGGGUGUUGGUAAUGGUCCAAUUUCUUCUUUGAUUGAUGCCUUCUCUCAAUUAUUGAACGUUAAAUUAGGUGUUGCCAAUUAUACAGAACACUCAAUAGGUUCUGGUUCUAGAACCCAAGCUGCCUCUUUUAUUCAAAUCACUUAUAUGAAUGAUUCUACUAAUGAAGCUGCUACCAAAUGGGGUGUUGGUAUACAUGAAGAUGUUUCUGAAGCUUCAAUUAAAGCUAUUUUCACAACAGUUAACAACUUGAUUAGUUCAGGUGACAUCGUUGUCCCGGAAAUUUAA